UCAUCUCCAAUUUUACCGAUAAGAACAUACCGGCCAUAACUAAGGCAAUUAAUGGACAGAUAGUGAGAGAACUUCAAGCAAUCUUGAAUGACUCCUUUAAGAUCUAUUUCCCUUACUCGGAUAUCAUUUAUUAUGACCGCGACUUGGAGCGGGUCGUUGUGAAUAACGCGAUUGUCCCUCCUAAUGACGAUCGUAUUUACAGUGAUAUAAGUAUAAAAUUUGCAUCGCAUAUAGCUCACAUUCUGGGUUUCAAUCCAAAUUUUCGCUACACCGUCUACUUUCAAAGAUCUGGCGACGGCAUUUCAUCUUCCGACGCCAGCGAAGCUUCCUCCUCAUCACCCAUAAAAUUAUUCGCUCAAUACGUACCGCGAGCUGAUGCAGGGACGGAUUAUAUGUACGUUUAUACCGACAUCAUUUCCCCCUCGCGAUUUGGCAACCAACUAGUUAAUAUAUUAGACGUCAUACCACUCCCCGGCGACAGCACCAGUAAAGGUGCGAAUUCAAUUACGUAUAAACCACUUUCUGCAUCAACUAUAGAGAGUGUGGCCAUCAAAAUUGCUAAUCAAAGAGGCAAACCUAUUCAGUUUGAAGAUGGGGAAAACAGUGUUACUUGCGUGUUACAUAUAAGACCACGUUAACUUUGCGUCUCGGACGUAAAAUUUUGAAGAGAAUCGAUCAAGGUGGGAUAAUGGGUGGAGUGGAGGAUAAUGAAACAGGCAGGUGUUGCCUACUUCCGAGUCAAGGCACGCGCCUCGCGACCAUCUGCGCAGGAAGCUUCAGUGUUUCCCCGCGCGGCAUGGCGGCCGGGACAAAGUGUUGACAAUGUUAUAGAAAAAAAAAGAAAAGAAAAUGGGUGUUCACUGUGGAACAGCAGAGGCGCGGAUUUUAUGUGAAGUGUGUGGGAGAUGGCGCACUAAUCCAUCCUGCCCCUCAUGUGUGGAAGACCAGUGUGAUUUAUGCGAGCGGUGUGGACUUCUGUUUCCACAUCCACCGCCAGAACACACCUGCGAAGUUGGCAAUCCUGCUUCUUCUGGCUCACACUCGAUUGAGGUUGAGCAGAACGGCGGCGUAGAAGGCCCACGUCGGCGGACGUCACAAGGCGACAUCCCACGCGGAGGCGGGGGAAGAGACUCGCCACGGCCGGGACCGAGUGGAUUAUCGGGGAACGUAUUCAAUUCUUCCGAGACUUCAAGUCCUUCACUACCUACACAAGACACGCCACAAGCGGAGGCGGACCACGAUGAGCGCAGCAUGGCAGGAGAGUCGGCGGAUGCAGACCUUGACGAGCGCGGGAUGCCGGAAGAGCCGCGGUUAAUUGACUCGAGGGAAAAUUUUAUGAGGAGCUUCACCAGACAUCAAUAUGACAUACCUGAUCAUGUAAGCAGAGAUCCACUCGGUCUACUUACCGAAUACAGGGAGUUCUUUAUACGGGAAAUUAGAUCAUAUUUCACGUCACACGGCUCGCCAUUCCCCCCCACCCUGAAAAUAUUUUCACACAUUUCUCUGUUACUAGUGAAAUUCUCUACCUUAGGCGAGGAUGAACAUCGAGUCAUUCAUAUUGCUUUUAGAGCACGACUGAUCACCUAUCAAGAUGUGCCUGACCUUGUUGAUUUAUGGAUCCAUCAGCUGAACAGUCGGCUGGAAAGCCUUACCAGCGAGACUGAAGGAUCUGGUUUUAUCAUUUCAAGAGUACAGAAUUUUUUCAUCAACUAUUGCUUGCACGUCGCAUGUAGUGGCAUAGGAGAUUAUGUUGCUUAUCCUAGAGGCGUGCGAGGAGGGAAUGAAAUUUUCAAUCCUGAUGGCCGACAUUCAUCCUGUGUUAUUCAGUGUUUGGCGGCUUUCAGACUUCAUCUCGAGGUGUACCUUGGAAAAGAAUUCCAAAAAUAUUACGGAGACGGCAUGGCGGAGAGAAAUACGUCACGCGCGGAAAAGUAGGCAGUCCAGUGACUUGGGAGAACUUGAGUCAGUUAGAAAGGUUAAAUUGUCUGUCUCUGGACGUUUAUACACUGACAAAAAGCGGUGAGAUAUACUAUUUAACAUUAUCAAGAAAAGGCUCGCGGAAGUAUAAAACUGUAGUCUCACUCCUUUUACUAGGUGGAAAACAUAUGACGCUCAUUAAAGACGUGGAGAAGCUGCACCGGAAAUUGACGAGAAGCAGCCCCACCCCAGAGGGUCAUCAGUUUUGCAAAGUAUGUUUCAGCUCAGUUCCCAAGUCUGUCAGUUUGAGCGAUCACGAGUGUCACUGCGACUUCACUCAAACUCUUCUCUUUCCAGGUGACGGUGAAAAAGUAUAAUUUAAAAAUUUUGCCUACACCUAUCAGCCUGCAUACUUAGCAUUUUUUGAUUUUGAAACUAUGAUAAAACCUAAGGAGAAUAGGAGUGUGAUAGCUGAACAUGACCCAAUUGGAUACUCGUAUCUCAUCAUCAAUAGGCAUGGAGAUGUCGUGGAAAAGAGAAGUUAUUUCGGUGAAGAUCCCGUGAAUAAUUUCAUUGAUAGCCUAUCCAAUGCUUGGGGAAUCAUCAAGGAAAGUGUAGUUAGCUAUCCAAUUAGCAUGUCUGCGGAGGAUGAAGCCCACUUCAAACGUCAGCGUCACUGCGAGCUCUGCCAUCAACCCUUUAAUGUGAAAAUCCCACCUCAUAAACAUCACGACCACUCAUUACCACAAAAUAAUUACAAGGGGGCUUUGUGCGCGCGAUGCAACCUCCAGUGUCGUGACAUGAGGAAAUAUCUCAUCACUCUGGCACAUAAUAUGAGCUUUGACGUCUCCUUAAUCAUAAAAGACCUUCACUUGCCAGAGUCGCACGUGGACAUCCUUGCCAAGUCAGAAUCGCAUUUAUUGAAAGUAAGGAUUAAGGAAUUGCAGUUUCAGGACACGCUUUCCAUUAUGAAUGCUGGCCUCGGUCAUCUCGCUCAGAGUCACGUGCAGGCGGGCUAUAGCACGCGUUACGCCCAGGAAAUGGUGAAUUACCUCCCCGAGGAUGUAAGGCGUGUAAUUUGCACUCAAAAACAGUUUCUUUGUUAUGAGUACAUCACCGACCUUGGCCGCUUAGAAGAUCGACAAUUGCCACCUCGUGAGGCAUUUUAUGACACGCUCAAGGGGAAGGCUCUGCCACCUGGAGAAUAUGAACACGCUCAAAGCGUGUGGAGUAUGACAUCCUGCCGCACUUUAGGCGAUUACAUAAGACUGUAUUGUGAGAUUGAUGUGGGAUUAUUAGCCGACACAUAUCUCAAAUAUAGAUCAUACCUGCAUGAAUUUUAUGGGCUGGACGUGUCACAUUACGUGUCACUGUCUUCUUAUGCUUAUGACGCUUUUUUAAAGUCGACAGGCGUUCAACUUGAUCCACCUUACGACCCUAACAUGUAUCACCUGAUCAAAAGAAAUGUACGAGGAGGCUUUGUAACUUGCGUCAGGCCACACCUGCAGUCAAACCACGAACCCGACGGUGGACCCGGCACCUAUGUGUUUUAUCUGGACUAUAAUUCAUUAUUAUGCAAGCGUUAUGUGUUCCCCCCUGCCUAUGGGUGACAUCAAAAAGCUUUCUCAGUCAGAGAUGGAUGAUUUUUUUGAAGUUGGCAUCCAGAAUCAUGCGACAGAUGGUGACGUCGGUUACUGGCUGCAUUUAGACAGCUGUGACGUUUCCCCCGACGUGGCUCGGAUCACGGACGAGUUCCCUCUGUGCCUCGCACACAUGACUAUUACAGAAGAUGACAUCUCGCCGUACAGUAAAAGACUGUUAGAAGCUGAGGGUCGUAAGCUGGGGAGGAAAAAUCGUAAACUCGUGGCCAGUCAUAAGGGACUGAAAGAUCAUCUCAUCAAUCUGGAAUUGCUGCAACUUUUACUCUCACUUGGACUGGAAAUACAAUGUGUUCAUGCUAUAUAUAGCUUCAGACAGGCUCCAUACCUGAAACCUUUCAUAGAAAGGAACGUCGCUCAGCGUAAAAAUGAGACGUGCGCCAUUAAAAAUCGCAUUUGCAAACUGAUGUCAAACGCAGUUUAUGGUAGAUCCAUGUUAUCUGAAGUGAAGUAUGGCCUCCAGUAGAAAUUAGUGACAAAAAGAAAGUCUUUCCUGAAGUAUGCAAGAAAUCCAUCCUUUAAAAGGGUCCACCAAUUAGGCGAGGACCGAGUCAUAUGUGUCAACAGUAAGAAUACGAUUAAAAUCAGGCAGCCAAAUUACUUGGGAUACCAUAUUUUAGAAGUGGCAAAGAAGUACAUGUACAACUUUUGGUAUCGUGUCAUCAAAGCUAAUUAUGGGGAGAGAGCUAAAUUAGCUUAUGAAGAUACUGACAGUUUCAUUUUCAGUCUGCACAUACCUACAAACUUAAAUGAUGGACUGAAACAUGGACCCAUGGCAAAUUUUCUCGACACCAGUAACUUUGCUUCAGAUCACCCGUGUUUUAAUGGGGAGCGGAAGGGUCAACUAGGCUUGUUGAAAUCUGAAACCGGAUCCACGCUCAUCAAAGAGGCGAUUAUAUUAAAGCCAAAGAUGUAUUCGCUGCUGUUGGAAGAUGACAAGCAAGUAUCUCGAGGUAAAGGCAUUCCAACUCACCUUCAGCAAAAUAUAUUGCAUCAGCAGUAUAAGGAAACACUUAAUAAUGUCGCAUGUGGGAUGGUGGAUUGCUAUAAUAUCAGGAAUGUGAAAGGACAAAUUUGUACCACUCGUAUGCGAAAACGUACGUUGUCACAUUUUAACGACAAGCGCUUUCACGUCGAUGGCUAUACCUCAAGGGCGUAUUAUCACCCCGACAAUGAUCCGCGGGAAAGAGAUGUGGAGAAUGAGAUGGAAGAGGAGGUGGCGGUGGAUGUGGGAGAGGUGGAGGUGGAUGAGGAAGAGGAGGAGGAGGAGGAGGAGGAGGAGGAGGAGGAGGAAGAGGGGGAGGAAGAGGGGGAGGAUGGGGUAAUGAGUGGUCUGUGGCGUGAUCGGGAGAGACUUUCCGCGGCAUUAUUCACAUCAUGAUUAAGGGGUAGAGAAAGAGAGGACGUAGCUGCUAGCAGACGCCCUUCAUGUAAUGUAAAAAAACAUUUGCUCUGACCACGUAGGCUAAGGAAGAGGGGGAGGCGGGGGAUGGGUUGUGUCGUGAUCGGGAGUGGCCUUCCAUGACAUUAUUCACGUCAUAAUUAAGGGGUGGAGAGAGACCGCGGCCGCUAGCAGCUGCCAUUCAUGUAAUGUAAGAACAUUUGUUUUGAGUAUGGAGUUAAGGAGAGGAAUGAGGAGAUUGUUCAUGUACUGUAAGGACAUUUGUACUGUCCACGUGGGAUAAGGAGGAUGAG